AUGCAGCAGGUCUGGGGCCUGGCCCAGCACCCUCAGGCGCUCCAGCUCUUCUCGAGCACUCACAGGGCCGCGCAGCAGGCUGCAUGUGCAGCUGCUCGCGUGCUGCAGGAGGUGUCGGACCUGCUGGCCCACUCCCUGUCCGCCCUGGGCCGGCUGGUCCAGCCUGCCAGGCUCAGGCAGUGGCUGGCGGUGCCGCGGGAGACCUUCAAGGCCCUCCAAGCCAGCCUGAACAGGCUGGCCGCCGACCUGGCGCGCAAGAUCAAGCAUGUGCAGGCUGAGUGGCGUGACGCCCUCCUGGGGUCCCCUGGUCAGCAGUCCGAUGCCGAGGAGAGCAAGGGGGCGACGCUGGGCGGACCCCGGCGCGGGGGCCGCAUGCACGGCCCCUCUGACCGGCGGCCCCGGCACCGGCGGCGUCAUCGCGGCGCCUUGCAGCGCAACUACGUUGCCGCUGCCCCUGAGCGCGCGAAGGAGUCGGCGACAGGGACCAAGGGCCCCAUACCUUGGACAGGCGCGGCUGCCGUGGCUGGGAGGGUCCGGGGGUCAUGGACGGCGGUCUCCCAGGCCCUGCCCCGCCUCCCUGCGCCCGUCGUCCCCACACCCGCCAUCUGCCUCGGGGCCGCCCUCCUGUGUGCGGCCUCCCUGGCGCUGGCGCGGUCGCGUGUGCUGGAGGAGAUGGAGAUGGAUGAGCAUGCGCGCAAGACCUGGGAGCGCUUCCUCAAGCAGACCAAGUCGCAGGUGCAGCAGUCCAAGUGGUGGGACCCCUCCAUGAAGCAGGAGGCCCUGCCUCAGAACUGGAUAGACUUUUCCGCCGGCGACGAGCAGUAG